CCUGUCAGGGCCGCAGCUCCAAUCCAGCAGAGGGCGACCUGAACAAAAGCACAGCUCUACCGUAAGUGGGGCGUAAAGUGCGCAUGCUAUAGCAGGCAGGAGGAGAAGGAGCUCGGUGGCGACAAUACCAAAACCUACUGAUGUCCCAUUUUAAACUUGUUUCCAAACGCCAAUUAUCCGUUUUUUCACACAUGCAGUUGGUUGCACGUUCUGCAUCCACAGCGGUAUCGGGCGAAUCUCAUUUUAUAGAAAUGCAGAACCCUUGGCACACAGCGGCCCGUAUGCCAGGGAGAGCCCGCUCUACCCAACUCUAGAUCUAUGUGCGCACGUCCCCACGCGCUCCUCGGGGUCAAACGGCCAUCGCUACGCUGUCAGGAAACAGCGCAGAGGCGGAGUUGGGUCGACCAUUUGUUAUUGUUGUUGUUUUUAUCGUCGCUGUCCAUCGUGGUUCCGACCAACCGGGGGGAGAGGGUGUUUUCUCCUCAGCGUUACCUCGAAGAAGUCUCUUCCCCGGGCGACCGAAUGGCAGCGACGGCGGUGAGAGCGGCUGCGGGGGCCCCGGCGUCUUUGUCCCGGUUCAGAGGAGCGCUGGUCGCGGCCGUGCUGGGGGAUUGUGUCGGUGGAGAGUUUGAAGGAGCGGAGGAGGUGCCCAUGGAGAGCGUGCUGCAGCACCUGAGCAACCUGGACGACGAGACCAAAGGGAACGGUAUCCUUGAGUACAGCGAUGACACUGCAAUGGCGCGCUGUGUGGUCCAGUCUCUACUCACUCGUGCUGGCUUUGAUGAGCAGGACAUGGCUCGCAGGUUUGCUAAGGAGUACAGCAUGUCCCCGGGCCGUGGCUAUGGUUCUGGAGUGAUCCAGGUGUUGAAGAAGCUGUUGUCCCCUCAGCUCAGUGACGUGUACCAGCCGGCGAAGGACCAGUUCAAUGGUCGAGGGUCUUUUGGGAACGGGGGAGCCAUGAGGGCGGCGCCCUUUGCGCUGGCUUUCCCCGAACCGGCAGAUGUUAAAAGGUGUGCGUGUCAGGGAGCCAUGCUCACCCACUCCUGCUCUCUGGGCUAUAACGGGGCAGUGCUGCAGGCGCUAGCCGUGCACCUCUCCCUGCAGGGGGCAAUAGACAAGCCCCAGCAGUUCAUCAGCAGACUAAUCACGGAGAUGGAGGAAGUGGAGGACAACAAGGAGACACGCAACGAUGCCAGAAUCCUGAAAGAAGCGGAGAAGCCUUUCUGCGAGCGCCUGCACAGAGUGAGAGACCUGAUGGACAGGAGCAAGGUCAGCAUAGAGGAGGUCAUUUCUGAGCUGGGUAACGGCAUCGCCGCGCUCCACUCGGUCCCCACCGCCAUCUUCUGCGUCCUCCACUGCCUGCAGCCGAGAGAAUUCCUCCCGGCCAACUACGGCGGCCUUGAGAGGACAAUAGCGUACAGCCUGGCCCUAGGAGGGGACACGGACACCAUAGCCUGCAUGGCGGGGGCCAUCGCCGGGGCCCACUACGGCAUCGAGGCCAUUCCACAGUCGUGGAUUAGGUGCUGCGAGGGGGCGGAGGACGCCGACACUGACGCAGAGUGGCUCCACAUGCUGUACUGCCGGUCCUCUCAGGCAGGCGACGCCCGUGGGACGGGGAAGCGGAGCUGCGAAGACGCAUCUGGAAGCCAGUCAAGCGAUUCUAACGGCACGGAGAAGAAAGCUCGAGCCGAGUGAUUCUUUGAGAGAAUUUGGGGGAACUUUUUUUUUUUAGAUGUGCGAGAUGAAAAACUACUCUUGAAACCACACGCACAAAAAUGACAAACUAUCAUUUAAUAAGUACCUUUUCAUUUUUUUCAUAUUUUAGAUAAAGGGUAAGUUAUCUUAACAUUGCAACGGUAUUUAAGUGAUCAAAACAGAUUAUUAUUUUCUGAGACCCCAAAACAUGGAGAAAAAUAAAAAUACUAAAUCUUUCAGGAAACAGCAGAAUAGUAAAGCCAGAAAAAAAUUAGCCAAGAUCAAGAAGCCAAACGGAUGACAGACUGACUGUGAAAACUGUCAUACAGAAAUAUGGUCUGUUUAUGCACACACAGUAACACACGCCCCCCCGCCCCCCCUCUCUGUGAUGAACUGUCCUUUGUCAUUUGAAAGCUGCAUUAUAAAUUGCCCAUGUCUUGUUUUAUCCUUUUGGUGGAUAAGUUAUUUAAUAAACUCUUUUUUUU